AACGAUAUGUCACAUUUGACUUUUAUUAUUAAAAGCAAGGGUAUUUUUUGCAUUCUACAGCACAAUUUUGCAAUUAUUUUCUACAAAAUUUAAGUGCAAGUAAAGUGGAUUAUACACGCAGUGAAGUAAUUACACGCAGCUAAAAUGCGUGAACUACCGAAAACACUCAGCAUUACGGUGACCACACCUGGGAGCACAGCGCCAUCGGGUGCACCAUCGUCUGCGGGAAGGCAAGCUAGUCUUGAAGACAUACAUUUGGAUCAGUUUCUUAAGACGUCAAACUAUGAGGACACAGUGAAACAAUUGGAUAUUUACUAUGGCAUUGUCAAACGCCAAUUACUGCGCUUCCAAAGUCCCAUAACUGGCCUUUUCCCGAUUAUGAGCACGGAUCAUGAAGUAGGUUCGGUGCGUGAUAGUGUAUAUUGUGCAGCUGCUGUAUGGAGUUUAUACCAAGCGUAUCGACGAAUUGAUGAUGAUCGCGGCAAGUCAUAUGAGUUAGGACAAUCGACUGUGAAAUGUAUGCGGGGCAUACUCGAGUGCUGGGUGAAGCAAGCGCAUCGUGUUGAAGUUUUUAAACAACGACAAUCGAAUCAAUAUGCUUUACAUGGUAAAUUUCAUUUACAUACUGGUGAAGAAAUUUACGCCGAUGAUGCCUAUAAUCAUCUGCAAAUCGAUUUAGUAUCUUUGUAUAUAAUAUUCCUAGUGCAAAUGAUCACAUCGGGCUUACAAAUCAUAUACACGCAAGAUGAAGUAGCUUUUGUACAAAACUUGGUAUACUAUGUUGAACGCGCUUAUCGCACACCCGAUUUUGGCAUGUGGGAGCGUGGCUCCAAAUACAAUAAUGGCACACCUGAAAUACAUGCUUCCUCUAUUGGUAUGGCUAAAUCUGCAUUGGAAGCUAUUAAUGGUUGUAAUUUAUUUGGUGAAAAAGGCGCUUCUUGGAGUGUUGUUUAUGUUGACAUUGAUGCGCACAAUCGUAACCGCAGUAUUUUUGAAACCAUGUUACCAAGGGAAUCAAGCUCCAAGGGUGUUGACUCUUCAUUAUUGUUGACGUUAUCUUUUCCCGCCUUCGCAUCGCAUGAAGAACGCUUAGUUGAGCAAACAAAGCACAAUGUCAUUACACGUCUACGUGGUAAGCGCGGUUUUAAACGCUUCAGUCGUGAUGGUUUUCUUAGCAAGCUGGAGGAGAAAAAUAGACGUUACUAUCACAACGGCGAAUUGAAGGACUUUGAAGGUCACGAAUGUGAAUGGCCUUUGUUUUAUAUCGAAAUGAUUAUUGAUGGCGUUUUCAAGAGUAACUCUGAACAAAUUGAAGAAUAUCAAAAUGAAUUACGCAAUUGCUUGCAUACCGAUGUGAAUGGCGAUCCUGUCGUUACUAUGUAUUAUGCCCCAGAUGGUGAAGGCUCUUACGUACGCUCACCCUCACAAUCACUAUUCCUUUGGGGUCAAUCAAUGUUCAUUAUAGCCCAAUUACUUACUGCUGGCCUGUUGCAUAUCAACGAAUUGGACCCGAUUCGUCGAUAUUUGCCCAGCUAUAAUCGUCCACGACGGGCUGGCCGCUAUUCAGCCUUUCAGGGAAAAGCCACCGAUGACAAACAUGCCACAGCGCGUGUACCAUUAAUACUGGAUGUCAAAGAGGGCACUGCCACAGAUUUGGUUGUGCAAAUUGUAUUAAUUGCUGAAUCGCAACGCUUGCAAGCAAUGAUGGCCACCUAUGGCAUACAAACACAGACACCGCAUGAGGUUGAACCCGUGCAAAUUUGGUCUUCCACCGAGCUCAUUAAGGUUUAUCAACAUUUGGGCGUAAAUAAUAAAGUUGGCCUAACUGGUCGCCCUGGCCGUCCGGUGGGCUCACUGGGCACUAGUAAAGUCUAUCGCAUCUGCGGCAUGACUGUACUCUGCUAUCCGUUGAUUUUUGAAGUGUCCGAUUUUUAUUUGUAUCGUGACAUGGCGCUGCUUAUUGAUGAUAUUAAAACAGAGCUGCAAUUUGUGGGCAAAUAUUGGCGUCUCUCUGGCCGUCCCACCGUGUGCUUACUCAUACGUGAGGAGCAUAUGCGUGAUCCGCAAUUUAAAGAAAUGCUUGACUUGCUGGCGAUGCUGAAGAAAGGUUAUUGUGAUGGCAUGAAAGUGCGUAUUGGACGUUUGCAGAAUUUAAUCAGCAGCUCGUGUAUUGAACAUCUUGAUUUUAUGAAUCAGAGCCAUUUAACGGACAAUGAGAAUGCUUUUGUGCAAAUCAAUCAUGAGUAUAUUGGCUAUCAGUCGCUCACGGAUGUGCCAAAAGCGUUAACAUAUGUUGAGCAGAAAAUAUCACUGGAACAUUUUAAACAUAAGCCCACACAUGAAAUCAUCGACACUAUGCGUAGCACUGAAUCCAUUUAUUGUCUCUGUCAAUUGUGGGGAAUUUUAUUGGAACGUGAAGGCCCAAAUUUCGAAGUGAACGGCUUGAGCGUUAAUCAAGCGCUCACACAACUCUAUCACCGCGCUGGUUCGCUACGUUAUUGGCGUGCUGUGCGCUAUUGCUCAUCUUUACUGCAUCAUAUUGUCGAUUCGAUUAGUCCUUUUAUUACUACGGUACUGGUGAAUGGCAAGGAAUUGACUGUAGGUGUUAUUGGUCAGAAGGAGACGAAUUUCGAUAAACCUAUGACACCGGCGGAGAUACAAAAUGUUAUGUACACCACCGUGCAACCGUACAAUGUGAUACAGGCGGUUCUGCAACAGGAGGUGGUGCUGUAUUGUGGUCGCUUGAUUGCCACUAACCCGUCCAUGUUUAGGGGUAUAUUGAAGAUACGCAUUGGUUGGGUGCUAGAGGCCAUGCGCCUUUACCUGCAGAUGUCCGGUCAAGAAUCGAUUGAUUUGGAAAAUCUUUCUCCCUACCAAGUGCGUAUACUUUUACAAAAAGCACUAACUGUAAGCGAAUGGGCUGCAGAGGAAAAACUCACCACCUUGCAACGUCGCCAAUUAGAGGGUUGCCUUUGUCGUGUACCAAAGAAUUUCUAUAAUAAAAUUUGGGAAAUUCUACAACGAACACAAGGUAUUACCACACAGGGCCAUUUGUUACCCACCGUGCCGACGCUAACGAAUAUGAGUCGUGGUGAAAUCACUUUUUCGCUGUUAGUUGAGGAGACGCUAAUGUGUAUAGACUGUCCAGAAAGGCGACAAAUCACCGUAGAGCUGCUGUGCAUCAUAGCGACGAUACUGAAUCGCAAUCCUGAAUUGCAUUUCAAACAAGCGCUGGAUAUAGAUGACGUACUCAGCGAGGCGUUCUCAAUGUACUGCAAGGACAAUAAUAUUGAACGUACCAACGACAAUAACAUGACACCCUUCUACGCUCUCAUUUACACGGAAACCACAGGUUAUUUAGCGCGUGCUGCUGUCAAUAAAGUACUACAAGGCGGCGCUUUAUCUACCUUAGAUGAGAAUGGUUUCACAGACGGCACUGAACAUAUGCAUGAUGAAACUUGUCGCGUCUCGUAAAGUCAAAAGCAAUAUUCGUAUUGGAUUUCCUAGCGCUUGCCAAAGUUAUUAGUCUUUAAUUUGCAGUAAGCAUAAUGUAAACUGCAUAUAAACAUACUAUUUAUAUAUAUAUAUAUAUAUAUGCAUACGUAUAUUUAGCACGCGUAUCACAUGCGAACAUUGCAACAGCUGAUAUUAAUCAUUGAGUGUUAGUCAAAUUAUUAUGCACAACUCACAUUUAUAAUACAUUUUUCUAAAUAAUUUGUUGAUUUUACAGUUUACGAGCGUCUCGAUACUUUCGCUCUCUAAAAUAUUAGAGUUACCAAGUAUUUUAGUGCUUGCUCUAUAGCUUGCAUUGCUGACAACAUUUAAAUUAUGCAGUCCUCUCUGUUAGCCGCGUCAAAUCAAAUUAUUAUAGUUUGUAACUCUAUUUGUUCUGUGAGUAUUUUAGGUCAGUUUCUUAAAGCUCGAAUGUCAUGAACAAUUUAUUUACUAUAAAAUUCGUCCUUUUCCGAAAACAUACAGCAUAUCAGAUAUAUUUGUUAUUUACGCAUAAUUUCACAUUAUAUUUAUUGGAAAUAUAUUUUUCAAAUGUGUUUAUGAAAUAAAAUUGCAAUUUUUUUCAAUAAAACUCAUGUGCUAAAUCGAAUACCGAAUAAGAGCUUCUUUCACACGGUGAACUGCCU